AUGUCUGGCUACAUGUUGAGACCCGUGGACCAGGCGUACCCGCCAAAUCUACUUGAGUGGCAAGGCCCGUAUGUCGUUGUCUCCAUGGCUUCUGAAGCCACCUGCUACAUCCAGCCAAUAAACGAUCCCGCAAAGCAGCCCUUCCUCGUGCACUUCAACUGGUUGAAACCCGAUACCACCGCUGACUACUCACAACCAGCCAACCCUAUGAUCAUUGCAGAAGAAUGUGAAGUUCCCCCAGAAGGCGGGCCGGCAACAGCACUGAGGACAGUGCUUAAUUCGUAG